GCCUAUAGCACCGUACCCGGUGCACGUUAGCACGGACCAAUGUUCUCCACCUCUGCGUACGCCCCUUCUUCUCUCAUCUUCUUUCUCUACCCAAGGCCACCCUUUCCCUUAUCUUUCUCCACUAUCUCCUCUAGGGUUAGGGUUCUCGCUCUUUACGACGUAGUUCUCAGCCUCCUCAUCUUCUUCUACUGCUACUUUUACUACUAUAUCUUAUUCAUUUUUCAUGCCCCAAUGCUCGUCAUAAACCUGGGGCUCCGACCCUUAUUCUUACAGCAGAAUAGCUCAUGGACUCCAAUCGGCGCUUCUCAUACUCCAAUCUCUUCAAUCUUGAGCCGUUGAUGAACUUUAAACUGCCUCAACCAGAUGAUGAUUUUGAUUAUUAUGGAAAUGGUAGUAGUCAGGAUGAGAGCAGAGGUAGCCAAGGUGGAGCAAUGGGGGAGCACAGUAACGGAGUCAUGUCACGGAGGGAGUUAAAGAAGAAAAGGCGAAGUGGGUAUAGCAGUGACGACGAGGACGGAAGUUAUAGUAAUCAUAUAUCUGAGGAACAAUAUCGAACUAUGCUUGGGGAACACAUUCAGAAAUAUAAAAGGAGGCUCAAGAAUACCUCUCCUAGUCCUGCAUCAAUGCGAACUGCGGUCCCGGUUGUGAAAAGCAGUUUAGGACUGAAUAAUCAGAAAUUGCCGAAUCACCAGCUGGGGGGGUUGCAUAGAUUUGAGUCAACUUCAGAUUUUCUGAAUGUUAAUCAUUCUCAGAAGUUUGGGAAUUUUCACGGAUCAGAUUUUACACCAAAAUAUGGUGCAGAUAGAUUAGUUAGUGAACCUGGCUAUUUGGACAUUGGAGAUGGCAUCUCAUAUAGGAUCCCUCUCCCUUAUGAAAAGUUGGCAGCAUCGUUAAACCUGCCAAGUGUGUCAGAUAUCCGCGUUGAGGAAUUUUAUUUAAAGGGAACCCUUGAUUUGGGAUCUUUGGCAGCAAUGAUGGCUUCUGAGAAGAGAUUUGGACUCAGAAGCCAAGCAGGGAUGGGUGAUCCUAAGCCUCUUUAUGAAUCUCUACAGGCCAGAUUACAGGCUCAGCCUGCUAAUACCUCAGCCCAGAAGUUCAGCUUGCAAGUUAGUGAUGCUGCAUUAGCAGCAUCCUCCAUUCCUGAAGGCUCUGCUGGAAGUAUACGACGAUCUAUCCUGUCAGAGGGUGGUGUUUUGCAGGUUUAUUAUGUUAAAGUGCUUGAGAAAGGAGACACUUAUGAGAUUAUUGAGCGUAGUCUGCCUAAAAAGCCAAAGGUGACAAAAGAUCCUUCGGUGAUUGAGAAGGAGGAGAAGGAGAGGAUUGGUAAAUACUGGGUGAAUAUUGUAAGGAAAGACAUUCCAAAACAUCAAAGGAAUUUUAGUAACUUCCACAAGAAGCAAAUUACUGAUGCUAAGAGAUUUGCAGAAGUUUGUCAAAGAGAGGUAAAAAUGAAGGUUAGCAGGUCACUUAAGUUGAUGAGGGGUGCAGGACUUCGCACACGGAAAUUGGCCAGAGACAUGCUUGUAUUUUGGAAGAGAGUUGACAGGGAGAUGGCUGAAGUUAGGAAAAGGGAGGAAAAAGAAGCUGCAGAAGCUUUAAAACGUGAACAAGAACUACGUGAAGCUAAGAGGCAACAGCAGCGGCUCAAUUUUCUGCUUUCACAAACUGAACUUUACAGUCACUUCAUGCAAAACAAGCCAUCUUCACAACCAACUGAGGCCUUGGCUACUGGUGAAGAAGAAUCAGAUGAUCAGGAAAUGCUGACUUCUUCAGAAGCAAAGCUUGAUGAAGAAGAGGACCCUGAAGAUGCUGAACUGAGGAAAGAGGCUCUGAAAGCUGCUCAGGAUGCAGUUUCAAAGCAAAAAAAGAUGACAUUUGCAUUCGACAAUGAAUGUCUGAAGCUGCGGCAAGCCGCUGAUAUUGAUGCACCUCUGCAAGAUGGAUCGGUUACGGUGUCUGCUAACAUAGAUUUAUUGCACCCAUCAACAAUGCCUGUAGCUUCAACUGUGAACACACCAGAGCUGUUCAAAGGAUCACUCAAAGAAUAUCAGCUCAAAGGCCUCCAGUGGCUCGUAAAUUGUUAUGAGCAGGGUUUAAACGGUAUUCUUGCUGAUGAGAUGGGCUUAGGAAAAACAAUUCAAGCCAUGGCUUUCUUGGCUCAUUUGGCUGAAGAAAAGAAUAUCUGGGGACCUUUUCUGGUUGUUGCGCCAGCUUCUGUCUUGAAUAAUUGGGCUGAUGAAAUUGGACGUUUUUGCCCUGAUCUAAAAACUCUUCCAUAUUGGGGUGGACUUCAAGAGCGAAUGGUACUUAGGAAGAACAUCAAUCCAAAGCGGCUUUAUCGGCGGGAUGCUGGAUUUCACAUUCUCAUUACGAGCUACCAACUCCUAGUUUCUGAUGAAAAGUACUUCCGACGUGUAAAAUGGCAAUAUAUGGUGUUGGAUGAGGCUCAGGCAAUCAAAAGUUCUAACAGUAUAAGAUGGAAGACGCUUCUCAGUUUUAAUUGUAGAAACCGCCUGCUUUUGACUGGUACUCCAAUUCAAAAUAACAUGGCCGAGCUAUGGGCUCUCCUUCAUUUUAUCAUGCCAACCUUGUUUGAUAGCCAUGAACAAUUUAAUGAGUGGUUUUCAAAGGGAAUAGAAAAUCAUGCAGAGCAUGGUGGGACAUUGAACGAGCAUCAGCUUAAUAGAUUGCAUGCUAUUUUAAAGCCUUUCAUGCUACGGCGGGUUAAGAAGGAUGUGGUUAGUGAACUUACUGGCAAAACAGAAAUAACUGUGCAUUGUAAAUUGAGUUCUCGCCAGCAAGCAUUUUAUCAAGCUAUAAAGAAUAAGAUAUCCCUAGCUGAGUUGUUUGAUGGCAGUCGUGGACAUCUAAACGAGAAAAAAAUUCUGAACUUGAUGAAUAUCGUCAUCCAGUUAAGAAAGGUGUGCAACCAUCCAGAGUUGUUUGAGAGAAAUGAGGGUAGUACAUAUUUUUACUUUGGAGAUGUUCCAAAUUCUCUUCUUCCCCCACCUUUUGGGGAGUUGGAGGACAUAUACUAUUCUGGUGGUUGCAAUCCAAUUACAUACGAGAUACCAAAAUUGAUCUACCAGGAAGUUGUCCGACAAUCUAACAUAUGUUUCUCAGCUUUAGGUCAAGGUUUUACCAAGGAAUUGUUUGAGAAAUAUUUUAACAUAUUUGCCCCUGAAAAUAUAUAUAGAUCUAUGCUCCAAAUGGAUGAGAACCUUGAUGGUUCUUUUGUACAUAAUGGAACUUUUGGAUUUGCCAGUUUGGCUGAUCUAGCACCUUCAGAAUUGUCACUAUUGGCAACUGGUACUUCUGUUGAAAGAUUGUUGUUUUCAAUAAUGAGAUGGGAUAGGCAAUUUAUAGAUGGAAUCUUAGACCUGCUUAUGGAGACUGAGGAGGAUGAUUUUGAACUCAAUCAAAUUGGGAGGGAAAAAGUAAGAGCAGUCACACGAAUGUUAUUGUUGCCACCUAAAUCAGAUACAACUCUGCUGAGAAGACAUGCAACUGGUCCUGAGGAUGCUCCAUUUGAGUCUCUAGUCAUGCCUCAUCAGGAUCGGCUUCUAUCCAAUAUCAAGCUUUUACAUUCAACAUACUCUUAUAUCCCAAGAACCAGAGCUCCUCCUAUAAGUGCCCAUUGCGCCGACAGACAUUUUGCUUACAAAAUGCUAGAAGAACUGCAUCAUCCAUGGGUCAAAAGAUUGUUAGUUGGUUUUGCACGCACAUCAGAUUCUAACGGCCCUAGGAAGCCAAAUACUCCUCACCCUUUGAUUCAAGAAAUUGAUUCUGAUCUACCUGUUUCACAGCCUGCCCUACAGCUGACAUACAAGAUCUUUGGUUCCUGUCCACCAAUGCAGCCCUUUGACCCUGCUAAGAUGCUAACAGACUCUGGAAAGCUUCAAACCUUGGAUAUAUUACUGAAACGCUUGCGUGCUGAAAAUCAUCGUGUGCUUCUUUUUGCACAAAUGACAAAAAUGUUGAAUAUCCUUGAGGACUACAUGAACUAUAGGAAGUACAAAUAUCUAAGGCUUGAUGGCUCCUCCACAAUUAUGGACAGACGAGACAUGGUUAGGGACUUUCAGCAUCGGAAUGAUAUCUUUGUGUUUUUGCUGAGUACAAGAGCUGGUGGGCUGGGUAUCAACUUGACAGCUGCUGAUACUGUGAUAUUUUAUGAGAGUGAUUGGAAUCCAACCUUGGAUCUGCAAGCAAUGGAUAGAGCUCAUCGGUUGGGUCAGACUAAGAAUGUUACAGUCUAUCGGUUGAUAUGUAAAGAGACAGUCGAGGAGAAAAUUUUACAGAGAGCUAGUCAGAAAAGUACUGUGCAGCAGCUUGUCAUGACUGGUGGUCAUGUGCAAGGUGACCUUUUGGCUCCGGAAGAUGUUGUAUCCUUGCUGAUUGAUGACCCUCAUUUGGAGCAGAAACUUAAAGAGAUCCCAUUACAGGCUAGAGAAAGACAGAAAAAGAAAGCUGGAACAAAGGGCAUACGCAUUGAUGCAGAGGGUGAUGCCUCUUUGGAAGAGUUCACGGAGCUCGGUUCUGAGGGCAAUGAGUAUGGUGCCACUCCUGAUCCUGAGAAAGCAACCUCCAACAAUAAAAAGAGGAAAACAAGUGACAUGCAGACUCCAAAGUCUAGGUCUGUGAAAGGAUCAUCGCCUCCUAAUUCUGCGUCAGCGGACUAUGAGUUUGAUGACCUCCAGGUGAACACUGAGGUACAUCAUCAGAGACCAAAAAGGUUGAAGAGGCCAACAAAGAGUGUCAAUGAGAAUCUUGAACCCGCAUUUACUGCCUCCCCUAAUGUGGUUCAAGAUGCCGAUCAAAACCUCCCCGUGUCCGAGCUAAAUUCUGGUGGUUACAAUCACUUGUUGACUGGGCAGUAGUAUCCAUAGGGGAUCAUCUUCAUUGUCAAGCUGCAGCUCUUUCUUGCACCACGAAAGCAAAAAAUUUGAUGUGAGAGGUGACCGGAGACUCGGGCUUCCCUUAAUGCGGCGUGCUGCUUGCUAUAGCCGGACCUGAUAAAAGCACCGAGGAUUUUGUAGCAGCGCUGUACAGAUUAGAUUAUUGGGUAGGAUAUUUACUUCCUGAUACCUUGCUAUUAUAUAUGGAAAUAUAGAAGAUGUAUAGUAGGGCUCAUCCUUGUCUCGUUUAGGGGCUGUAAAAGCAUUUUGUUAGAUGGUAGAGAACUGAAUUUUGUAACCAGUCCAGUACUCAUGCUGACGAGCGUUGUGGGCAUGGAAACUCCCAUUUCAUACGUGAUAUAUUGAAUGAAAUCCAAAAAUCUGAGACUAGGCUCUGAAGAUGGGAAAGUA